AUGAAGUCACAGGGCUCCCUGGCCUGCCUCCUGCUGGCCCUGUGCCUGGGCAGUGGGGAGGCUGGCCCACUGCUGAGAGGAGGGGAGAGUGCUGGAGCAGGUGCUGGGAAGGCCGUGGGACAGGGGGUGGGAGAGGCCAUCGGAAAGGGGGUGGGAGAUGCCAUUAGCCAUGGAGUCGAAGAGGCUGUUGGCCAAGGGUCUGGAGAGGCAGCCAGCUCCGCAACCAGGGAGGUCAUGGGCCACAGCAUGGGGGAAGCAGCCCGUGCCCUUGGAAACACUGCGGGUGAGGCUGGCAGGCAGGUUGAAAACAUCAUUCGACAUGGAGGGGAUGCUGUCCACAGCUCCUGGCAGGGGAUGCCUGGCAGCAGCGGUGCUCAGCCUCCAUCUGGAGGCCAUGGCAUCUUUGGCUCCCAGGGUGGCUCUGGAGGCCACAGCCAGGGCAAUCCUGGAGGGCCAGGGACUCCCUGGGGCCAGGGAUACCCCCGAGGUUCAGAGGGAAGCUUUGGAGCCCACUCUCAGGGAGGCCCAUGGGGCCAAGGAAGCAAUGGAGGGUCUUUCAGCUCGGGCACCAACGCUCAGGGGACUGUGGUCCAACCCGGUUACGGCUCCAUGAGAGGCAGCAACUCACACACAGAGUGCACCAACCCCCCGCCAUCCGGCUCAGGCGGAAGCUCCAGCAGCUCAGGGGGACACAAUACCGGCUCUUCCUGGGGUAGCAAUGGUGGCUCUUCCUCCGGUAGCAGUGGAGGCGGAAAUGGCGGUGGAAGUGGCGGCGGAAAUAAACCCGGGUGUGACAGCCCAGGGAAUGAAGUCCGCAUAUCCGGAGGAUCUGGGGGUCAGGGCUCUGGAGAAGGACAGGGAGGCUCCGGCAGCUAUGGUGAUAUCAGGGAAAUAAGCAAAGAGGGCAGUCGCCUGGUUGGGGGCCCCGGAGACAAUUAUCAGAACUCUCAGACGUCUCCUGGGCUCUUCAACUUUGACACUUUCUGGAAGAAUUUUAAAUCCAAGCUGGGUUUCAUUAACUGGGAUGCCAUAAACAAGGGCCAAGUCCCACGCCCCAGCACACGCGCCCUGCUCUACUUCAGCCGACUCUGGGAGGAUUUCAAACACAACACCCCUUUCCUGAACUGGAAAGCCAUUAUUGAGGGUGCUGAUGCGUCCUCGCUCCAGAAGAGGUCGGGCAGUGCCAGUCAGUCUGGCUCGGGAUGGCAAGAGGUGGCCGCUGUGACUUCUAAGAACACCUAUAACCAGCAGGCGUACCCUACUCCCUCUGGUGGGCAGAACGCAGCCAAGAUCCCCUCUAAGGGGGGAGCCAUGCCUUCUUCCUCGGCUUCCCGGGCGCGCCCUGGCCUGCUGCAGUGGGUGAAGUUCUGGUAGAAAAUUAUUUCCAAUCAUAACUGAGGCCCUGAACAACAUCAGCCAUCAAGGAGCGCACCUGUGCCCCGCCCCCAACUCUCUCCCUGUGUCGGGCCUGGUCUGGGUGCUGACACCUGUUUUUUCCAGGUUGAACCUGAUCUGUCUGUCCCUCGUUUCUUCCAGCUGCACUGGGGGGUCUCCUUGCCCAGAAACCUCAUCGGCUAAACCUGCCACUUUCUUCACCUACUCUGUUUUGUGACCUGAAGUCACUGUGACAGUUCUUCAGGAGAAGCUUCCUACUUUGGGGUUUCUUUGUGGAAAUAAAACAUGAAUCUUAUUUCCUUAA